AUAUAAGCCACCGAACCCUCUCGCUUCAUCUACAAACCGAAACCAAAUCAUGAAAACCUAUCAAAGAAAAAGGAAGAGCAGCAGCAUGAAGGGAGCAGGGGCUUCUCAAAAGAGAAGAAAGGCACGCAGCUUCGAGAAUCAAGACAGGAUAAGCGAGUUGCCGAGCGAGGUCAUCCAUCAAAUCUUCUCCUCUCUCACCACCAAAUCCGCCGCCAGAACCUCCGUCCUCUCCAGGAGGUGGCAUCAAGCCUGGACGUCCUCCCCCUUUCUUCACUUCGACCAACGAGAGUACGCUACGGUUCCCGGCUUCAUAAGCUCUGUGGAUCGAGCCAUCGAGCUCUGCGGGGAACCUGAUACUAAACUGGAGAGGUUCAUGCUCUCGUGGAGGGAAGGGUUCGAUAUGUCGAAGGCCGUGCCUUGGCUUAGGUACGCAAUGAGCCACAAUGUGAAGCAAAUUUUGCUCGAUGUACCUCCAGGAAAAGAAGGGAGGAAGCUGCCUAGCUUCCUCUUCCACGGGGUUGCUAAGGUGCGCUUCUACUCCCCGUCGUCAUUGUCUGUCGUGUGAGUCUUGAGUUUGAACAAGAUCAAUGUAUUAGGUUUAGGGAA